CUGCAUUCCAUGUGUUAUGCUAUUUCAGUACAGCUGCACGUCACCACAGUGGACGGUCAUCUCUAUGUGCUAUUCUCUGAGCAUCCAGACAGAGUGUGCUUCACAUUCCCUCUGACAUAUGUCAUCUGCUGCAAUUGAACAUCCAAGCAGGCAGCGCGCCCGCGCCCUCGCGCCAGCUGCCAGGUGGAGCGUUGCCUCCCCAGCAGCUUCGCCAUGUCUGGUCGCAAGCGCCCCGCGGCGGCGCUCCCGCGCGUGGGCGACGUGCGCGAUCACGCGGACCUGGUCCGGGACAUCAUAGAGGAAAUUCCGGAUUGGGGCCAUAAGCGUGUUGGCGCCCGGCUUGGCGAGCUCCUGGGCGUGAGGCUGGAGGACUCUGACUACCAAGCGGUGCUGCGGCUGCAGAAGGACCUCGUGGCCUCGCAUCCAGAGUUGGGGUACAAGCUCAUUGCCCGCAAGCUGGCUGAGAAGCUCAAGGUGAAGCUAUCUGGCGCCCACUUGCAGGUUCUCAAACGCAUUAUGACCGACCUCUCCGAGGGCCGCGCGGCGGCGGACCUGGCAGAGUGGGAGGAGUUCAACGGGGACAUGCGGGACCACGUUGACGCUAUCAGAGCACUCGUGGUGGUUCAUCCUGACAUGGGCUACAAGGGCAUUGCCCGUGAGCUCCAGCGGCAUCUCCGCGUGAAGCUAUCACAGGCCCACCUCAGUGUCAUCAGGCGCAUCGUGACGGGGAUCUCGGAGGGCCGUGUGGUGAUGCCAGAGCAGACGGACCUCGAUGACUUCACCGGGGAUGCGCGGGAGCACGUGGACGUUAUCGAGGAGCUCGUGGCCUCGCACCCCGAGUUGGGGUGCAAGCUCAUUGCCCGCAAGCUGGCGGAGAAGAUCGGGGUGAAGCUAUCGCCCGCGCACCAGCUGGUCAUUAAGCGCAUUAUGACAGACCUCUCCGAGGGCCGCGCGGCGGUGGACAUGCGAGAGUGGGAGGAGCUCAACGGGGACAUGCGGGACCACGUUGACGCUAUCAGAGCACUCGUGGUGGUUCAUCCUGGCAUGGGGUACAAGGGGAUUGCCCAUGAGCUCCAGCAGCAUCUCCGGGUGACGCUAUCGCAGGCCCACCUCAGUGUCAUCAGGCGCAUCGUGGCGGGGAUCUCGGAGGGCCGUGCAGUAGCCGGCGCGCAGCGGGAGGGCGAGGACUAUGGGGCCUUCGCUGUGGACGUGCGCGACCACGUGGCCACCAUCAAGGAGCUCAUGAUGCAUCACCCCUCCAUGAACCACGAGGGCAUCGCCCACGAGCUCGAGGAGAAGCUCCAGGUGGAGCUAUCUGAUACCCGGAAGCGGGGCAUCCUUCGAGUCAUGGCCGACAUCGGCAUCGAGCUCGUGGCUGAGGAUGUGGCGAUGCCAGAGCAGACGGACCUCGAGGACUUCACCGGGGAUGUGCGGGAGCACGUGGACUCUAUCAAGGAGCUCGUCGCUCUGCAUCCCGGGUUGGGCUACAGGUUCAUUGGCCGGAAGCUGGAAGAGAAGCUCCGGGUUAGCCUAUCGCAAGCGCAUUUUCAGAUCAUCCUCCGCAUCAUGACAGAGAUUUCGGAGGGCCGUCUGGCGGUGGGCGUGUCUAUGCGACAGCAGCCUGAGCGGCGGCACUUUGGCGACUUCCCUGGGGACCUGCGGCAGCACGUCGACACUAUCAAGGAGCUCAUGACGCUGCAUCCUACUAAAGGUCGACAUCAUAUUGCUGGCGAGUUGGAGACUCGGCUCCAGAAGAAACUAACCGCUGCCCGCUUGUCCAUACUCCAGCGCAUCAUGAUUCGCCACGGUGUUCUGUCCUAUGAGUUCCUGUCGGGCGCUGACCGGGUGGCCGUGGUGCAGGGACUGGUCCAGUGCCAUGCGGAGCCUGCGGCGCGGCGGCAAGCCGUGCAGGAGCACUAUGAACGGAAUGUCUCUCUUACGGUGCUGGGACGCUGGAUGUCUGAGCACUAUGCGCCCGAUCGCGGCGGCUGCCCUGUGCGGCGACUGUGGCAGGACGGGGAGGCUUCUCGGUUUAUCAUUGCGCAGCCUCAGGACAAGUACGUCGACUGCGCUCGCACCUACCGGUCUCGCCGCGUUGGUGCUAAGACUGAUGAGGACGCCGCUCUGCAGGCUAUCAUCAAGUCCGUCCACGGCGAGGCGGUGCCGGUCUGGAUGCUGCAGGAGGCGCUCCACAGGGCAUCGACUAUCCGUCGAUGGGAGGCGGAGCGUCGACUGGAGUUCGCGGCGGUCUGCUAUGGCUCACUGCCGUGCCGUACUGCGCUUCCCUCUGGGUCACGUGGUGCCGUGGAGCUUCAGCACUAUCGCUUCUUCAUCGCCUACGAGAACUGGGUCGCUUGCGAGCUGUGCGGCUAUCGUUGGCAGGUUCUCAAGGGUCAGCAGUCGGGUUCGACGUAUGUCUAUGGCAACACCGUCCGCGGCGACUGCGUUCGCCGUCUUCCUCGAUGCCGAUCUUGUGACCAUCGCGGGCAGCAAUCGCAAUGCUCCUUGCCGUUGGAGGCGCUCCUGUGGCCGCUGCCUUCGGAGGUCGAGGCGGGCGUCAAGACCGAUCAGCUGUACGUCGUGCCGCAGCGGACGCACUGGCCCGUCUAUCUUCCGGCAGCGCAGCGGUUCGUUACAGCCUAUGACUUCAGCACCCGUCUUGCGGCCAUGCGCGAGGCCGGGCGCCAUGGGCCUGUUGAUGCCAUGGACGUGCAGGAAUUGGAGAUCUUGGUGCGGGAGUUUGCUGACUAUGAGCCGUACUUCCGCGAGCAUGGCGCUGAGGGCAUCGUCAGCCUCCUGGACAUCACGCAGGAAGAGGCUGCCUCUAUCACGCCCUACGUACUCUUCGUGACGAAGCAGAAGGAGCGCGGCUUCGUGGCCAGGGGCCCCACCUACAACUGGAAGAAGACCCGGGUGUGCCGCGUCAACUACAAGCGCGAGGACCUGGAGACGUGUGGGGCCAUGACUCCCAGGGCGCGGGCCGCCUACGACUGGCUCAUGCUGCACAAUCGCACCUAUCGUCGGUACGCGAUGCAGCAGAAGCGCAUGCUGUCCUACCCGGAGGAUGAGCGGGAGAUGUUCAUCGCGACCUACCGGCUGCUCAUCCAGAGCCGCGGCAUCGAGGUUGUGCUCUUCCCCGUGCUCUAUCCCUGGGAGGUCUACUCCGACAGCGACGUGCGGGGCUGGGCCGGGGACCGCAAGCUGAUGAAGAGUUCUCAGCAUCCGUCUAUGAAGAAGGCCUUCCUGCGCAAGGUUCCCUCUCGGUGCCGCACCUAUGGCGACGCGGAGGCGGUGCCCGAUCUGGCCUUCCUGCUAUACGACAUGGCCACGGCGCAGAGGAUUUCGGCGAGCUUGGCCAUCGCGGGGCAGCGGGGCAUCACUCCCGAUGUCGUCGCGGACACCAGCUCUACGUCCGAGAGCUACUGGCGCCACGAGCAGGACCUUCUGUGCGACGUCGUGCGCCAGCACACACUUCGAUAUGGCCGGGCCUCUGCCUAUCCGAACCUGUUCAUCACUGUCGCUCCGGCUGAAUGGAAGGUACUACUACACGAGCCUCUAUUCGCGGAUUGGAAGGCCGCGGGGCGUCUCUCUGGGUGCCAGGGCAUGUUAUCCGAACACAUCUACGAGUUGCUGUGCGAUGCUAUGAAGCAGAUCUUGCGUCCCAACGAUUUUUUUAGCGAGGUCCGCGACUAUGUCAUCCGCCUCGAGUUCCAGGGCCGCAAGACGGAGCACAUCCACAUUGCGGCCUGGGUGAUUCAUCGGCAGGUGCUAUCUGGCCGCAGUGGCACUGGUGACACCUCGCCAUUCGCGCGCUUCCUGGAGGAGCUCUUCCGCGGGUCCGUGGACGUGCAGCACGGCGAGGGGUUCCUGAACUAUAUCAACGGCUACGUUGUCAAGGGCAAUCAAUCUAUGGAUUUUCAGCCCGAUGCCGCGCGCAGCGGCGGGGGCGACCACUCGGCCUGGCGCACCACCUAUCGCAUGCUGUGCAAGCUGGCUCCUGGCCUGCCCGAGGUGUUCCUCGACUUCGCGGGCGCUGCGCACAUCUAUCGGACCUUUGCCGUGGUCAACGCGUACGCUAUCAUACCGGGGAGGCGGGACCAGGGCAACAACGACACCAAGCGGUUGUACGAGCGUUAUCGCGCACGUCUGGUUGUCUCUGGGGAGCCGGACUUCUACGGCAGCUUCCUGAGCUACAUCCGCACCUAUUCGUGGCAGGACGCUACGACGGUGACCAGGCGCAGAGGGCGCGGGCAGGACAGCCUUGUCGCCGUCGGCGUUCGCUAUGCCUUCGAGAUGCAGGACAACGUCAUCGGGCAGUUCUGCACAAUGAUGUUCCCGCAUCUGGACUAUAAGACCUUUGAGCCGCCUCCGAAGACGGAGGUCAUUGCUUUCACCGCAUACUAUUUGCGGGCGCUGCAGUACCUGCGUCACCUCGCGUGGACGACGGGCACUCCGCCUGCACGGGCGGACUCGCAUCGACGGCGGUUGGCGCGGGAGCUGCCUCGCGCCGAGGGGGAGAGCGACGUGACCUAUGCGGCUCGCCUGCAGGAGGUAAUGGAUUCGUCCCGGUGGGUGGGCUUUGCGAAGGAGGCCGAGUACAUCCCGUCGUUGUCAUCUGAGCCUGCGGAAUCCAUGACCAACGACCACCCGCGCUACACGUGGGAGCUCUUUCACUGUUGGCCCAGCCACGUUAUCGAGGGCGACGAGCACUCGCGCUUUCAGCGCCACCCGCUGCGCUUCCCGGACGCCACAGUUGGCUCGUGCGGCAAGCCUUUCGAGGAUGUCGACUCGGCGCUCAACUACCUCGUAAACGUUGUCCAAGGGGAUCUCUCUAUACGCGUUGCUCCCGGUCGCGCCAGGUCGUUCCGUGCUCGGAUCUACGCCGUGCACUGCUUCUAUAACUACAUGGAGUACUGCAGGGAGAAUCCUUUUGCGAUACCACAUGCCUUGCGCCAGCAGUGGGAAGAGUCCAACGUUGGAGUGUUCCACUUCUAUAACACAUACAGGGAAGAGUGGAAUCGCGUCAUCGGGCACCGGCGUCCCGUGCUCACUUGGUCUGCCGACCAGCAGGAGGUGCUGCGCGUGGUGGACGGUCUGCUGUCCAGGGCCGACGCCAACGUUGCCCACGAGCAAUUCUACUACGUGCAGGGGGAGCCAGGCAGUGGCAAGACCGAGGUUCUAUGCGAGGCGGCUCGCAGGGCUGCUGAUGCGGGUCUGCGCGUGCUUGUUCUGGGGCCCACGGGCACCCUGGUGCACACCUACAAGACAAAGGCGCAGCACGAGAACAUCAACGUGGAGACCAUACACUCUGCAUGGCACAUCUACCGCAGUGCGGACACGGUGGUGGACUACGCCCCUCCCUCGCGGCUCCGCAGUUAUGAUCUCAUUAUCAUCGACGAGGCCUCGCAGAUCGAGGAUGCUGUUGCCGUCCGCCUGCAUAACGGCUUCAAGGAGCUGCCGCAGCGGCCGACUGUCUUGUUCGCUGCAGAUUUCCAGCAGCUCAAUCCCCUGGGCAGCUCCGUGGCAAUGCGCACCUUCAUCACUAUCAUGACUACCAUCACCCUGCACACCAUACAUCGGACAAACGAUGACCGUCUUCGGGGCUUCUUGCGGCAGGUGCGCGUCAAGCAGCCUCCGAAGAACGUCAUCCGGGCCUUCUUCGCUGGCCGCACCUGGGACCGCAUUACUCUGGAGAAGGCCGUCGCCGAGGGCAAGGCUAUUGGCGAUAACAUGGGUGAGACCUUUACGUGGCUGACUGUCACCAACAAGGGCGCCGAGGCGGUCAACGCGGCGUGCCUCUCGGCGAACAGCUUGAAUAAGCCCGAGCACGCUUCUCGUUACUAUGGCGACCCGAAGGUGUUGGGUUUCCCAGAUGCGGCCGUGGUUGCCUCCGGCAAGGACGUGCUAUUCAUCGCCCCUGAUGUCAUCGUGCGGCUCACGCGGAACCUCGACAAGGAGCGGGGCUUCGUCAAUGGUGCCAUUGGCCGUAUCCAGACGGUGCUGAAUGACGACAGGACCAUCUUCACCGUGGAGCUGCUGGGCACCGGGCAGCGUCUCCUUGUGCAUCCUAUUACCGACGGCGGUGUCGAAUUCUUGCCCUGCACGUAUGGAUAUGCGACUACAACUCGCAGGGCGCAGGGGGCCACCCUCAUCGUCGGCGCUCUCUACUUCGACCACUCCUACCCACCUGAACGGGGCUACGGAUACGUGGGCACGAGCCGCUUCAAGUGCGCCGAGAACAUCUAUCACUUUGGCUCUAUCCGUCGCACGGAUUGGCUGCCUGUCAGCCUCAAGCGCGACGAUCCUGAGGAGCAGACUAGCCGGACGGCUCAGAGCGAGUCCGACGACGAGCUUAGCCCUCAGCUAUGGGAGAUGGACACGGAGUCGGACUCUGAGGCCGGUUCUUCUGAUGUCUAUUCGGACUACGGCGAGGUGGACGAGGAACAGCGCGCCGCCAUGUUCGAGGAGCUGGCUGCGAGUCGGGGCUCGUCUGAUCUGUCCGCGUUUCACCCGUGA